AUGACGAAUCACUUAGUCUCGCGUUUUCGCGUCAAGAAGCUAUCGCCCAAGCAACGUUUACCUAUAUACAAGGCAUCCCAACUGUCCGAUUUAUUGGAUGAAGCCAUCAAGUUAAAUCGCUCUGUGCCUGUCAUUGAGACUGGUGUGGAAAAGGAAGAAGAAGAGGAGCAUGAUCUUCAAGCAGCUAUCAAUGCAGCUCAUGCAGCUGUUACGACUGGUGCAAAGAUGAACAGCUACAUCCCGACACCCGACGCGUCGCACACCAUUGACAUGGCCGAGUAUCAUCGCAUUUACACAAAGUCUUUCGAUCCACCACAGCGUUUGAUUCGAUUCAACACGACCGACAGCGAUAUUUUCAAGUGCCAUUACGUGAUGGAUGAAGAUGACAUGACGUUCCUGGAUCAACUCAAUCAACAAUCGACUGUACCUGAAGAUGAGUUUGAAUCAGUGAUGGAUCAAAUCGAGCAUCUCGUCAAUAUGCAAAUGCCUCAUCUGGAUUUGGAUCCUUCACAAAUCCCUAGUUAUCCAGAAUUGAUCAAGAUGCUUCCAGAAUCAUUUUCCACCGAUCAUCCUACCUUGGAAACCAUCCUACUUCAUUGGCGUGAACGUCGUAUUCAGCGAAGUGGAAAGCCAAUCAUACCACAGCUGCGCUAUGAGGAAUCAACACGCAAAGGUGACAGCGAUCCAUACGUUUGCUUUCGGCGACGUGACACCCGAUCGACCCGAAAGACAAGGCGCACAGAUCAACAAGCUUCAGAGAGAUUACGCAAGUUACGCAGAGAAAUGGAAAAGGCAAGGAAUCUUUGUGGGAUGGUGUUACGUCGGGAGAAGUUACGCAAGGAAGGGUUUUCCCAAGAGCAUGCUGUCUUUGUCAAGCGAUGCGAAUUACGUGGAUAUCAAGCAGCGUUGGGUAUCAAAGAGGAGGACAUUUUCACACCUGCUUACAAAAAGAAACGACAUAAAAGAGGAUCACAUACAAGCGGGAGUACUACUAUCAAGAUACCUCUCAGCCGACUUCGAGAUGAUGACCCAAGCCAUGGAAAGUCGCUAUUGCAAUUGGCUAUUGAAAAGGACUUGGCUCGUAAAAGAGAAGAGGAUAUUGGUUUCGAGGAUAUCACUUCGUGUCCUUAUCAACCAUUUCCAUUGGAUUUACCAUGCCAUUUUUACAACUCAUUUUCGCCCAACAAUGAUCAUGCACCGAGAUUCAGGAAACGUAUCGGCCGUGGUGGAAGGAUAUUCAUCGAUCGGACAAGAUUCAAGGCUCCAGUUUCUUCAAUAGACGAUCGAUAUCGAUUUGAUCCAGACGUUGAUCCUACAAAAGAAGAUGUGGUCGAAGAGUAUGAGGGAGAAGAUUGUUUGGAAUACCUUUGGAAUAGCUGGCAGCAACCAAACAAGAAAUCAAAACAUCAACAUGGAGACAAAAAGCAAGAACAAAGGAUACCGCCGCUGCGAAUACGACUUUCAUCACCCCAAACUACUACUACUACUACUACAACAUUAUCUUCUUCUCGAAAAGGAGCACCUCAUCAUACCAACAACAGCGUCGUUCCGUAG